CACCUUAUACGUACCUAACAUCGGUGCAAAAGCAUACAUAAUGAUCUGCACAUUAUCCCCAAUCAACCUCUACAACCCCUCGGAAUAUGCCACCCUCCAACACCAACGCCACAUUUGCGGCUGGGACUACAGCGACGAGAGCAUCCUCGCCUGGCGUGAGAAACAAGACGCAGACUUGAAAACAUUCUUCUGGAUCAUCCUUCCUGGCAAGAGUGGUGACGAACCCAUUCGUGCGGGUCACAUCUCGCUCGAUGCAUACGCAUCCCCGCCUGAUCCGGGACUUGCGCAGGCCGAUCACUCUGUCUUGACUAUUCAAUCGUUCUUUAUUUUGCCAGAGUACCGUGCUGGUGGUGUUGGUCGUCGAGCAAUGCAGUUGGUGGAGGAAAUGGCGGUGAACGACCCGCGAUGUCAGACUGUUACUGUCAAUGCAUUGAGCAAAGAUUACAUUGAAAAUGAGGAGAAACGAGCAUUCCUUGAAUCAAUGAACGCGGUACCGGAGUUUCCGGCGGUGCUGUGGUAUGAAAGACUCGGGUAUGUGAGGUGGAAGACGGAGCCGAGAUAUCCGUAUCAGUUGCCUCAAGGGGGAGAUGGUAUGUACGAGGCAGACUUUUUGAGAAAAUCUUUGCGGUAGGAGUUGCGGCUGGAUUGAAUGUGUGGUGUUCUGUUGGUCUUCGGUAUACUAUUUUGGUGGUUAGUGUGGUGGUGAACUGAAUAGGGAUAGACUUAUCAGUGUGACAGGGGAACGGGAUCGAUGAUACGAAGUAGUGAUGGACGAAGAAGGGAGAUGAUGAGAAGCGG